AACCAGGCCAGUUUUGGCAGCUUCACUUCCCCUGGGUGGGGCAGUAAGCCCCAAUAAAAAGACCCUCUGCUGCACCACCACCAUCCUCCUGCUACUCAAGUCCCGAUUGAUUUUGGAGAAACUGAUUCUGAGACUCCAGAAAGAUGUCUUAUCAGCAGCAGCAGUGCAAGCAGCCCUGCCAGCCACCUCCAGUAGUGUGCCCUCCCAAGUGCCCUGAGCCUUGCCCACCUCCAAAGUGUCCUGAGCCUUGCCCACCUCCAAAGUGCCCUGAGCCUUGCCCACCUCCAAAGUGCCCUGAGCCAUGCCCACCUCCAAAGUGCCAGCAGAAAUGCCCUCCCGUGCCACCUCCCCAACAAUGCCAGCAGAAGUGCCCACCCAAAAGCAAGUAGAAGCAUCAGCCUGUAUCUGGAUCAGGAAAGGAUGAGGACAGCUGACUCACCUGGCUCCACAGCUCCACCUUCAUCUUCCCUUUAAAGCCUAUCACGGUUAUAGAAGAAGCUUCUCCUUCCUUCAGCCUGCAGUAUGCCUGUGGUGAUACCUAACAGCCACAGGUUUCCUUCCUGAGGCUGCUGUUCUGCUCUCCUCUGGGAGGACAGCUGGGAAAGCAUCACAGAGCUUCAGAUGGAAGAGCAGCAGCUUUUCUCCUGGGCACCAUCAGAGGAUUUUCACCCUCUCUUGGGUCUGUCUGUCACCUGGGCAGGGGUUUCUACCAGCUGGUCAGCUGUUGCUUAUCCUCCUCCUCACGAAUAAACUACAGUGCCUUUGUGUGUUGUCAAAAAA